CUCAUCUCUUACAUUUAAAAUUCAAAAACAGACAUGAUAUCAACGUGGGAUUCCCUAUUAAUGUAUGAAAAACAGACAUGAUAUCAACGUGGGAUUGUUAUCUCCUCCACAGAUCAAAAGGUGGAUAUCACAGGUACCAGAGAGUCAACUGAAGCUGCUGCAAUGGAUUAUGACAGAGCAAAAGAGCUGAAGGCUUUCGAUGAUACAAACGCCGGAGUCAAAGGACUAGUAGAAGCCGGAACCAUGAAUAUCCCUAGAAUAUUCAUUCGACCACCUGAUGAGCUUGCUCAGGAUUUGAAUUGCUUGACCAUCCCUCUUCAAGUUCCAGUUAUAGAUCUAAGUGGCAUGGAAAAAGAUGAUCAUCGACGCAAAGGUAUUGUGGAUGAAAUUCGGACUGCAUCGGAGAAGUGGGGCUUUUUUCAAGUGGUUAAUCACAGGAUACCCUUGAGUGUGCUGGAUGAAAUGAUGAAUGGCGUUCGGGCUUUUCAUGAACAACCUUCUGAGGUGAAGCAAGAAUUUUAUUCGCGUGAUGCAAUGAAAAAAGUGAGGUUGGUAAGCAAUUCUGAUCUGUAUCUUUCAAGAUCUGCUAAUUGGAGGGACACCAUGAACAUUUCUCUACUGCUUUCUGAUCUUCUUCACCCUGAUGAACUGCCUUUGGCUUGCAGAGAUUCGACGAUUAAGUACAUCAAGGGUGUUUCAGAGUUGGGAGAUACCAUCUUCGAGUUAUUAUCAGAGGCUCUCGGCCUCAAACCUAACCAUCUAAAAGACAUGGAAUGUUCUAAAGGGCGUGGUUUUUCUUGCCACUACUAUCCAGCAUGCCCAGAGCCAGACCUAACUCUGGGAAUUAGCAAGCACACUGAUCCUACAUUCCUCACCAUUCUGCUCCAAGACCAAAUUGGAGGGCUCCAAGUCUUGCAUGAUAACCAUUGGGUGGAUGUUCAACCCAUUGUUGGAAGUUUGAUAGUUAACAUCGGGGACACUCUCCAGAUUAUAUCAAACGACAAAUUUAAAAGUGUGGAGCACAGAGUGCUGGCCAACCGCGUGGGACCAAGAAUUUCCGUGGCAUGUUUUUUCACAGCCUUUACUACUUCCUCAAAGUUGUAUGGACCAAUUGAAGAGAUGAUAUCAGAAGAAAGUCCCCCAGUCUAUAGAGAAUUUCUAGUAACUGAAUAUACUAGCAAUUUUUUCUCCAAGGCAAUUGGUACGUCUGGCCUUGAUCAUUUUAAGCUAUGAAGCUGCCAAUACCGCAGGACUGAAUUCCCACAAGUCAUACACUACUAGAUAAAUAAAACUUGUGGAGCACUUCAAUGUGUGUGUUGGUGUGUGUAUUGGUUUCCCACAAACUAUUGCAGAUUCUGUUGUUUAUAGAACAGCUAAAAUAUCAAGUAUUCUUAAAUAAUACCAGUUAUAGUAAGGAUUUUAUAAUUUGAGACUUUAUUUGUUUA